ACUGCUGCUUAAACCUGCUGUCUUCCUCUGCACUCAGAUGUAACAGGAUAAAAUGCUGAAGUUCUUCACUGCGCGGGAUGACGAGAAUGAAAGCCUUUUGGGAGCAAUAACAGAAGCUCCGACACACCUCUCAAGGACGUCACAGUGCUAAUGCUGCCUUUAGUGUUGAUUGAAAGCUAUGAGCUGUAUGAGAGAUGAAGGAGACAAUCCGUCUCUUCAGGACACCAAGCCCCACUGGCUGAACAGACCCUGCCUCCUGGUGCUCAAAGAUGGGGAUGUGUCCAAACCAGGGCUGGGCUGCACUCAAAUUAAACCAGAGUCCCCAUCUAAGACCCCUUCAGACUCAACGGUCAGUAGCACUUUUGGGCCAUGUGAGCAAAAACCAUCUGAACAUCCUUCCAAGACAGCGUCACCCUCCCAGCUGGAGGAAGGCAGCUGCACUGUGACCGCCAUCUCCACAUGGGGCGAGAGUUGUUUUGGGGAGUCUUCUAACCCCCUGGUGCUGAGUCCAGCUGAGGCUGCAUGGCCAGAUGAGGAGGAGGAGCAGCUGAAAGAGGAGAAGAAGCUCCAGGCUCUCCCUUCUAAGGAGGACUCUGUGAUUGAGGAGAAAGAGCUGGAGGAGAGUGGCCUGGAGCAGCAAGAACAGUCCUGCAGCUCAGAGGUGACUGCAACCCCUUCCAAUCUCUCACAUGAGGAGACAUGUGGCAGGGCUUCCAGGGAUCUUCAGAGCCAGCUUAAAAUGGUCAUAUCUAAUGGAGGAGAUGAGACAAACACCAACAGAGCCCAGGCAGCCGACGGGGAAGGAGCAGUGGGGGAAUCUGCUGUCUCCCCUGUCGAUCCUGACAAUGAAACUCAGCCAAGCCCUGCUGGUAUUCUGUCCAAGGAUCGAGGCACUGUCCUCGGGGAGGUGGCUCCAGUUUGGGUCCCUGAUGCUCAGGCGCAGGUUUGCAUGAAGUGUGGGGUCAAGUUUACGUUUACCAAGAGGAGGCACCACUGCCGUGCUUGUGGGAAGGUUUUUUGUGCACUUUGCUCCAACCUGAAGUUCAGACUUACACAUCUGGAUGGCAAGGAGGGACGAGUGUGUGUUUCCUGUCAUUCAACCCUCAUUAAAAGGACACCUCCAAGAGGAAAAAGGAGGGUGUGGUUUGCAGAUGAAUUCCUGGCCAAUAAGCAGUCAGAGUCUGCGCCGACCACUCCCAUCAGAGGACCAGCAUUCUCACCGCUGACAAGACGUGCACUAGGUGGAUCAGUCAGAAUUCCUGGGGGUUCACCACAGAUCAGGAGAGCUUCAAGGCCACAUGGGACUUCUAUCAAUGAGGCCUGUGGUCCUUAUGGCUGGGGCACCACAGCUUUAGUGAGCAACUCUGCCAAUCUCAUCCCUCUGGAUGGCCUACCACCCAUCCUCACCUCCACAGGAGUCAAAGGAGAUUACACUGUAGAGGAGCAGCCCUCUGAGAUGCUGCUUAUUCAGGAGCUGGAGAGUGGCAGGCCCAAGCCUCUGGUGUUUGUUCUCAAUGCCAACCUACUUGCUAUGGUCAAGUUGGUCAAUUAUGUUAACAGGAAAUGCUGGUGCGUCACAACUAAGGGAAUGCAUGCUGUGGGCCAGGUGGAGGUGGUGGUACUGCUGCAGUGCCUGCCUGAAGAGAAAAGCUUUCCCAAAGACAUUUUCAGCCACUUCAUCCAGCUGUACAGGGACACCCUCACAGGGAAGGUUGUGAAACACCUGUCACUGUCCCUGUUCAGCAGUAAUUUCCUGGGCAGUGAGGAGCAUGCAGGCUUCUUGUACAUUCGCCCCACUCUUCAGUCACUCCAAGGUCUACCUCUGCCAAACCAGCCCUACCUCUUUGGCCUGUUGGUCCACAGAGCAGAGUUGGCCUGGGCCAAAGCCUUUCCCUUGCGGCUAAUGCUGCGACUAGGAGCUGAGUACAGAUUUUACCCAUGUCCACUGUACAGUGUGCGCUUAAGGAAGCCCUUGUUUGGGCAGAUAGGCCACACUAUAAUGAGACUGUUAGUGGACUUUAGGAAUUACCGUUAUAGCCUCCCAAUGGUGCCGGGGCUCACUGUGGAUCUAGAGGCUCAAAGGACCUGCAUAAAGAUACCGACCACCGGGUACAAUGAGCUAAUGAAGGCUUUGAAUAAGUCCAAUGAGCAUGUGCUGGCCAUAGGGGCGUGCUUUAAUGAGGCUGCAGACUCCCACCUCAUCUGUGUGCAAAGAGACGAUGGCCAGUACCAGACCCAAGCCAUCAGCAUCCACAAUCAGCCACGCAAAGUGACUGGAUCAUGCUUUUUUAUAUUCAGUAGUGCACUGAAAGCAGCUGCAGGAUAUCUUGCCAAAUCCAGCAUCGUAGAAGAUGGGCUAAUGGUGCAAAUCACCGUGGAAACCAUGGCAGAACUGCGCCGGUCGCUCAGGGAGAUGAAAGACUACACCGUCACCUGUGGACGGCUUGACCAAUCAGACAGCCAGGAGAUUGUUUGUGUGCAGUGGGUGGAGGAGAAAUGCACUGUGAAUAAGGGAGUUAUAAGCCCCAUCGAUGGGAAAUCCAUGGAGUCCAUCAGCAGUACAAAGAUAUUCCAGAAAUCAGAAUACAAAGAAAACGGGAAGAUUAUCCGCUGGACAGAAGUGUUCUUCAUACAAAGGGGGAAUCAACCUAAAGGAGGGGUGUCUGACUCUGCUGAGCACAACCGGCUAACGGAGCGGAUCGCCCGGGCAUUUUGCUUGGCACUGUGUCCACACCUCAAACUGCUGAAAGAGGACGGGAUGGCCAAACUGGGGCUGCGUGUCACUUUUGACCCUCAAGAGGUGGGGUUUGUGGCUGGGAGCAAUGGGCAGCCCCUUCCAGCUCAGUACCUCAAUGCUCUGGAUAGCGUGAUGAUCCCCGUCAUCCACAGCAGGGGGCGUAAGAGGGGCGAUGAUCCCAUUGUGAUGGAGCUUAUCUUUUACAUCAUGGAAAACAUCACUUAAAGUGCACACACCACACUAUCACAUCACUUUCACCCUGACCGCAGCUGUAUCUCCGGCACUCCCCAUCAGUGCUGCCAUCGGUUUCAGGGCAAUAAAAGCAGCACAUUCAAAGGGUAAACCAGACCACAUCCAAGGUCUGCAUCCAUCUCAUCCACUCACGAGUAGAGAGAAGUGGUCUGACACAUAGUGGUUUUUCCAACAUCACCUCGCCCUGCAAUAGACAAUCUGGGUACGCAUGAAACCUAUGAUGGACCAUCAGACCAGGGCACAGUUCUGCACUGUAGUAGCAACUUCAUAGCUUGAUAUCAUCCAUGUCACAAUGUACCAUACAAAUACUCACAUGGAGAAUACCUUUAACGUGGGAGCUGGAUUCAGGCCCACAACCUUAAAGCAAAGAGAAAAAGAGAAUGACUUGAAGUGCUGUACGUAGUAGAUCUGUAGCAAUUUGAUGCACACUGAAUGAAUGCCUGAAGAAUGUUUUCAUACUGGAUGUAUUUUAAUUGAUUGCUCAUGAAAUGUAUUGUCAGCCUGGAAAUUAAA